CACCGUGAGGAAAAAGAACCAAACAAAAGAUUUGAAAAAUAAUUAGCAGCUGCAAAUAGUUGCUCACUAGUUUUCUUUGUUGCAGUUUGCAAGUUCGACGCGCACUUUCUUUACUCUCAGAUAAAUUAUCUCGAAUCGUGCGCUUCAAUUACGAACGGAGUUUGGGAAAACCAGUUUUUUAGCGUGUUUUUGUGACUCAUCAGUUUCCACAGGCUCGCAAGGAGGAAUUUCGCCAUGGCCGCCAGCAACAACAGCGAGUCCGCCGAUCAGGUUGGCAUACGUGUGGAUAAUACCGAGAAUCGGGACGAUCACACCGAUGCCCUGGGCUCCUCGGGUGGCAGUGCAGGUGUGGCCACCGCAUCUUCGCACAAUCCAUACGGAAGCGGCGCCAUCGGGCAGCUGGCCAAUGGCUACAGCUCACCCUCCAUGACCUACAGGAAGAAUGUGGCCAAGAUGGUCACGGAUCGUCAUGCUGCCGAGUACAAUAUGCGACACAAGAACCGCGGCAUGGCUUUGAUCUUCAAUCAUGAGCAUUUUGAAGUGCCCACCUUGAAGUCCCGAGCGGGAACCAAUGUGGACUGCGAGAACCUGACGCGCGUGCUAAAACAACUGGACUUCGAGGUCACUGUGUACAAGGACUGUCGUUACAAGGACAUACUGCGCACCAUCGAGUACGCAGCUUCUCAGAAUCACAGCGACAGCGAUUGCAUUCUGGUGGCUAUUCUAUCGCACGGAGAGAUGGGCUACAUCUACGCCAAGGACACACAGUACAAGCUGGAGAACAUCUGGAGCUUCUUCACCGCCAACCACUGCCCCACGCUGGCUGGCAAGCCCAAGCUGUUCUUUAUCCAGGCCUGCCAGGGAGAUCGUUUGGACGGCGGAGUGACCAUGCAGCGCAGCCACACCGAAACCGAUGGCGACUCCUCAAUGAGCUACAAGAUACCCGUGCAUGCGGACUUUCUCAUUGCCUACUCCACGGUUCCUGGAUUCUAUUCGUGGCGAAACACCACCCGCGGCAGCUGGUUCAUGCAGAGCCUGUGCGCAGAAUUGGCAGCAAAUGGCAAGCGCCUGGACAUCCUCACCCUGCUGACCUUCGUGUGCCAGCGGGUGGCCGUCGAUUUUGAGUCCUGCACCCCGGACACGCCAGAGAUGCACCAGCAGAAGCAGAUCCCUUGCAUAACCACCAUGCUGACGCGCAUUCUGCACUUUACCGACAAGCAGAUGGUGCCGGCGGGACGGGUUUGAUAGCUACUAGACUGGAUAGUGAGCUGGCUGCGGAGAGGUGUGUGAUAAGCGGAGGAAAGGCGUAGGAACGCCGAGUCGCAAUUAAGAUACAACUGCCAAACGUAACUUCGCUGGCUAUCGGCGCUAAUGGCGCAUAUUUUUAUAAAACCCCCUUUUCCCAUGGCCACUUUUGAGAGCCACUGACCAUUUCUUUUAUCUGAUCACAAUGUAUCUUUAAAUUGGCUUUCAUUGCUUAUUGUCCGCCUGUAUCUGUACUAGGGUAUGGGUUUCCUUAUGCUAAAAAAAAA